CAGCCGUGUUCCAAAAAUCCGAAGCCAAAUCGACCCAGAUUCAGAACGAGAAGCUCUCCAUUUAUCAACAAAGUGCAAAAUAUUUUAAAAUUUAUCUGAUUUUCGGUGUGUUUAGUGAUAAACCUAAAAGUUUGAUACUGUCCUAGAUCAUGUGAGUGAUGGAGUGAAGGAAUAUGGUGUUGUUAUAGUGGAAGAAGUGCUGAAAACGCUAUUCUAGCCAAUUUCCGGCUGUGCAUGUUAGUGAGGAGCUGGGCAAAUACUGUGCGUCUUGUAGUAUUUGAUUAGGUCCAAUUUAUUCCGCAGUUUCGGAAUAAUGGAAUAGUUGAAUUUCUAAAAGCAUUAAGUCCUUCACCAAAAAUACGCAAACCAAAGGCAAAAGUUACUAAUUAUCACCAGCGGCAAAAAAUCGCAUUAAAUCUAGUUAAACGCCGAUAGUGAUACAACGAUGAUCGUCACAUAGCAUGUAAUCUCAACUAGCCUACAAAAUACUCCAAAUACUCUCUCUCCCGCCCGCACGACACUCCCACUUCCUCGCUAUUUGAAAACCAUACCAAUAGUGGGCAUUUCUAGUAAACGAACCGUGACCUAUCACUGCACCAUAAUACAGCUAGCUAUACCUGCCCUUUGUUCGUUCGAGAGAUGGAGAGAUGACAGCAAUGGUUACCAAACAUACGUAGAACAAAGCCGUGAAAACUGAUUUUUGAUGAGCGUCCGGAUCGCGAAAUAAAAGAGAUUGACCCACGUGUGAGCUAAUUCACUUCCGGUGUUCGCGUUCUGACUAACGGUAAUGGAGGGGGAACUAAUAAUGCAUAUGGCGCAUUUACGUGGGACUCGGCGAUCGGUCAAGUGAUUCGGUGUGGUUUAGUUAUUUGCCGGUAAUCUUGUGGAACUGUAACAAUUACUCAAACCGAGCUGAUAAACGUCGAGACGAGGUCGAGCCGGUGAAAACAAUCUGCCGCGCGCGUUCAGCCAGUGUUAAGUGUGACGCGUUCGGUUUCAAACCUCACGCGUACGCAGUAAUAAACGUGAGAUUAGAGAAUGUACCUGCUCAGUGAGGACGAAAUUGGGAUUGUUUAGGCGCUUUUCGAAUAAACUGGUCGGUAUAAUUCGCCUUCAGGAUAAGGUACACCACAAGGGAGGACUUUGUCAUCACAAUGAAAAUAAUGGAAUUGGGAGGACGCAGCCACGGCCAUCCUCGGACGUUGGUAACGCUCAUUUUUGGCACGGUGCUUGGGUUCGUCUUUGCCACGUUGAUCACCUCCAGUACCAAUCGAGCCCCGUGGCUACCGGAAUACUACCACUCGAGGGAAGCUCCUGCGAUUGUCAGCGAUCCGCACACGGGACACGAGCUGAAAGGGGCGGAAGGCCCCGAGCAGGAAGUCGGCUAUCAUGCAUCACACGAGGAAGUCCACGCCCACGAGAAUUCAUCGCUGGCGAAGCAGCUGUACCGAGACGUGCGGGUACUCUGCUGGAUCAUGACAAAUCCCAGCAAUCACAAAGCGAAAGCUCUGCACGUGAAGCGCACGUGGGGCUCCCGGUGCAAUAAGCUACUGUUCAUGAGCUCCAAAGCUGAUCCGCUUCUGGACAGCGUCGCCCUACCAGUGAAGGAAGGCCGCAACAAUCUGUGGGCGAAAACGAAAGAAGCAUUUAAGUACAUCUACCAGCAUCAUCUCGACGAUGCCGAUUGGUUCAUUAAGGCUGAUGACGACACGUAUGUCGUGCUAGAAAACCUUAGAUAUAUGCUGUAUCCAUACUCACCCAGCUUUCCGAUAUACUUUGGGUGCAAAUUCAAGCCAUUCGUGAAGCAGGGCUACAUGUCCGGAGGAGCAGGCUACGUGCUCAGCAAGGCGGCUGUGAAGCGAUUUGUCGAGGAGGCCAUUCCAAACAAAAACUGUCGGCAGGAUCACGACGGUGCCGAGGAUGUGGAAAUGGGUAAAUGCAUGGAAUUAGUGAAGGUGCUGGCUGGCGAUUCAAGAGACUCUCUAGGAAGAGGUCGGUUCUUCCCGUUCGUACCUGAGCAUCACCUGAUACCAAAUCACGUGGAUAAAGAUUUCUGGUACUGGAAGUACAUCUACUACAAAACGGACGAGGGACUGGAUUGCUGCUCGGACAAUGCAAUCUCCUUCCACUACGUGUCGCCCAACCAGAUGUACGUACUGGACUAUCUAGUCUACCACCUGCGGCCGUACGGUAUCGUAGGUCACUCUCAACCCCUACCGAACAAGCUCUCCCUGACGGACGUCGUCCAUUCGGAUGAUCUGAGCAAGACUACCGAGCGACCCCAAACGGAUCCCAAGGACCCGAGCCAGACUGACGACGAAAGGCAGGUGUCCAAAAACCUUCUUCUAGAUUACAGCAUUUUCGUUAAUUCGCUAAAAAUUGUUCUAGGGGAGGAAAAGCAUAGCCUUCCGCGAACGGUAUUCGUGCUGACCGUUGGCAUAAUGUUUGGGUUUGUGUUGUUUGGGUUGAUCACUUACAGCAGUAGUCGCAUACCGUGGCUGCCGUGGUACCACCGUCCAGGCCAAUUUCCCCCUAUACUGAGUGAUCCCCUGUCGUGGCACGAUCUUGAGGGCGUUGAAGGUCCCGAACAGGAGGUAGGGAAUCAUGCGGCACACGAGGAAGUUCACGCGCUUGAGAACUCAACUCUUGCGAAUAAGUUGUACCGGGAGGUGCGAAUACUCUGCUGGAUCAUGACUAAUCCCAGCAAUCAUAAAGCGAAAGCUUUGCACGUGAAGCGUACCUGGGGUAAACGAUGCAAUAAGAUAUUGUUCAUGAGUUCGACGGUUGAUCCCCUUCUAAAUACGAUUGCUCUACCAGUGAAGGAAGGUAGAGAUAAUUUGUGGGCGAAGACGAAGGAAGCCUUCAAAUACAUCUACAAGCAUCAUCUUGAUGAUGCCGAUUGGUUCUAUAAAGCUGAUGACGACACAUAUGCAGUGCUUGAGAAUCUGCGAUAUUUGCUCUACCCGUAUUCUCCCAGUUAUCCAAUUCACUUUGGUUGUAAAUUUAAGAUGGAAGUCAAGCAAGGCUACAUGUCCGGUGGUGCUGGUUACGUGCUCAGCAAAGAGGCUGUUCGGCGCUUCAUCGAAGAGGCCAUCCCGAACAAAAACUGCCGACAGGAUAACGGCGGUAGUGAGGAUGUCGAAAUUGGAAAAUGCCUAGAACUAGUAAAUGUAGAAGCUGGUGAUUCAAGAGAUUCUUUGGGAAGAAAUCGGUUCUUCCCAAUGGCACCCGAACAUCAUUUAAUUCCGAACAAUGGGGAAAAGCAAUGGUACUUGGAUUACGCAUUCUACAAAACAGACGAUGGAAUGGAAUACUGUUCGGACAAUGCAAUCUCUUUCCACUACGUGUCGCCCAACCAAAUGUACGUGCUAGAAUAUCUCAUCUACCACUUACGGCCAUACGGUAUCGUCCCACAUCCACAAUCUUUGCCGGAAAAGCUUCAUGUGGGCCAUGUUCUACCUGCGAAGAACUUCAGCAGCAGUACAACUACUGAGGUGAUACAAGUGAAUAAGAACACCACGAAAAGUGAAAAUAAGGAAGCAACAACGACAACAAUUAUACCUAUGUAACACA